CAGGCAGCGCAAUGGCCUCAGAGGCACUGUUUGUACAGUCUCUUCUCAGAGGUGGCGAGGAAAGAGGAGCCAUGCAGCUUCCUCAGGCCCUCUUGACCUUUGAGGAGGUGGCUGUGUUUUUCACGGAGGAGGAGUGGGCUCUGCUGGAUCCAGGCCAAAGAGCUCUGCACAAGGAAGUCAUGGAGGAGAAUUAUGAGAUGGUGACCUCUCUAGAAUUAGAUCUCCGUUCCUGUUGGGAAGAAGGACACAGUCCAUUUCUCCAGGAUCUCAAAGAAGGGGAGACCUCAGCAGGUAACGGGCAAAAAAGGGAGAAAAAUGGGGAGCCAUCCAUGGUGUCAUCAGAAAAUGUAGAGCAAGAAGCAUGGAAAGAGACUUUUGUAGAUCAAGGAGCACCCCAAAAGCAUGAAGGAAACAUGUUGAAGAGUGGGGGAAUUAAAUCCUCGGCUACUGAGGACAUCAGUGUCCAUGUACCCCUGAGUUCACAGGAAGAUCACACAGGAAACACUGGGAAAGCAUGUCCAGAACGCAGCAAACUAUAUAGUCACCCAACUCAAUUUAAUGUACGUUACAACAUCCACGCAGAAGAGAAACCACUGAAAUGUUUGAAGUGUGGAAAGAGCUUCAGUCAUAGUAAAACUCUUACUCAACAUCAAAGAACUCACACAGGGGAGAAACCGUUCAAAUGCCUAGAGUGUGGAAAGAGCUUCAGUCGCAGUGGAACUCUAACUCAGCAUCAAACAACGCAUACAGGGGAGAAGCCAUUUAAAUGCAGUGAGUGUGGAAAGAACUUCAGUGGCAUUAGUAACCUUACUAAGCAUCUAAAAACCCACACAGGGAAGAAGCCAUAUAAAUGCAAGGAGUGUGGAAAGAGCUUCACUCAUAGGAACACCCUUACUUUACAUCAGAGAACCCACACAGGGGAGAAACCGUUCAACUGCAUGGAGUGUGGAAAGAACUUCACUCAUAAGAAUACCCUUACUUUACAUCAAAGAACCCACACGGGGGAGAAACCGUUUAAAUGUAUAGUGUGCGGAAAGAGUUUCAGACAUGGUGGAAGCCUUAAGUUACAUUACACAACUCACACAGUGGAGAAACCAUUUAAAUGCAAGGAAUGUGGAAAGUGCUUUAGUUGGAGAGGUUACCUUUAUUCACAUCGAAGAACCCAUACAGGAGAGAAACCUUACACAUGUAUCGAGUGUGGAAAGAGCUUUACCCAGAGUGGAAACCUUACUGCACAUCAAAGAAUCCAUACAGGGGAGAAACCAUUUAAAUGUAUGGAGUGUGGAAAGAGCUUUUGUGGGAAAGGUGACCUUACUCAGCAUCAAAGAACGCACACCGGGGAGAAACCAUUUAAAUGUAUGGAGUGUGGAAAGUGUUUCAGUAGCAGUGGGUAUCUUAAUGUACAUCAAAGUACACACACAGGGAACAAACCAUAUGCGUGCAUAGAGUGUGGAAAGAGUUUCAGCACAAGUGGAAACCUUAGAUUCCAUCAACAAACCCACACAGGGGAGAAACCAUUUAAAUGCAUGCAGUGUGGAAAGGGUUUCAGUCAGAGCGGAAAACUUAUUGCACAUCAAAUCACCCACACAGCGGAGAAACCAUUUAAAUGUAUGGAGUGUGGAAAGAGCUUUUGCCAGAAAGGAAGCCUUAUCGCACAUCAAAGAACCCAUACUGGGGAGAAGCCAUUUAAAUGUAUGGAAUGUGGAAAGGGAUUUAGCCAGAAGGGAAGACUUACUGCACAUCAAAUAACCCACACAGGGGAGAAACCAUUUAAAUGUAUGGAGUGUGGAAAGAGUUUUAGUCAGAGUGGAAACCUUGCUUCACAUCAGAGAACCCAUACAGGAGCAAAACCUCACAGAUGUAUGGUGUGUGGAAAGAGUUUUGGUUCAAGGCAUAACCUUACUGUGCAUGACAGAAUCCAUACCAGUGAGAAACUACUGAAAUGUAUGGAGUGUGGAAUGACCUUUAGCCAGAGCAGAAGCCUUAUUGCACAUCAAAGAACCCACAUGGGGGAGAAACCAUUUAAAUGUAUGGAGUGUGGAAAGAGCUUCAGUCGCAAUUACUAUCUUACUUUGCAUCAAAGAACCCAUAGAGGAGAGACACCAUAUAAAUGCAUGGAGUGUGGAAAGAGCUUCUGUGACAGGGGGAGCCUGAAAUCACAUCAAAGAAUCCACACUGGGGAGAAGCCAUUUAAAUGCAUGGCAUGUGGCAAGAAGUUCCCUAGGAGUAGUGCCCUUACUGUGCAUCAAAGAAUCCACACAGGGGAGAAACCAUUUCAAUGCAGAGAGUGUGGAAAGAGCUUCCGUAGGACUAGUGACCUUACGGUGCAUCAAAGAACCCAUACAGGGGAGACACCCUACAAAUGCAUGGAGUGUGGAAAGAACUUCUGUGAUAGGGGAAGCCUCAAAUCACAUCAAAGAAUCCACACAGGGGAGAAACCGUUUAAAUGCAUGGAGUGUGGGAAGAACUUUCGUAGGACUUGUGACCUUACUGUGCAUCGAAGAAUGCACACAGGGGAGAAACCCUUUAAAUGCAUGGAGUGUGGAAAGAGCUUCAGUCAGGGAAAUAGACUUACUUUACAUCAAAGAAUCCACACGGGAGAAAAACCCUUUAAAUGCAUGGAAUGUGGAAAGAACUUCAGUCAGAGAAGUAAACUCACUUUACAUCAAAGAAUCCACACAGGGGACAAACCAUUUAAGUGCAUGGAGUGUGGAAAAUGCUUCACUCAGAGGAGUAAACUUACUUUACAUCAGAAAAUCCACACAGGAGAAAAACCAUUUUCAUGUAAGGAGUGUGGGAAAUGCUUCAGUCAGAAGAGUAAUCUUACUUUGCAUCAAAGAACCCACAGUGGGGAAAAACCAUUUAAAUGUAUGGAGUGUGGAAAGUGCUUCAGUCAGAGGAGUAAUCUUACUUUACAUCAAAGAACCCACACAGUGGAGAAUUUGCAUUAAUGUAUGGAGUAUUGAAAGAGGUUCAGUUGUUCUUACCCUCUUAUUUUACAUCAAAUAAUCCACACUGGGGAGCCACAUUUACACAUGGAGUGUGGAAAGAACUUCAGCUGGGAGAGGUGACCUUACUAAGCAUCAAAGAACCCACACAGGAUAGAAGCCAUUUAAAUGCAUGGCAUGUGGAAAGAACCUCUCUAAGCCUCAGAUCCCAUCGACCAAUCCAACCGGGGAGAAACUCUUUAAAUGUAUGGCACAUCAAAAGAGUUUCAGACAUAGUGGAAGCCUUAACUUCUAUCCAAAACCCAUGCUGGGGAGAAAUUCAUGAGUGUGGAAGGAACCAUGAUAUGGGAAGUCUCAAAUCACACCACAAAACCCACGCCAUGGAGAAACCCUCUAAGUGAAUGGAAUAGGAAAAUAGCUGCAAUGGGAGCAGGAAACCUUACUGUACAUGGAAGAACCAAGGGAGGCAUGAAACUAGUGUAGAAAGAAGAACUUUGGGGCACCCGGACAUGUAUUGCCUAGAUUCUCCUUCAUCAGAUGCUGCGUAGAGAGUAUGCUUUGGCCCAGCCGUGCCGCCAUGCCCAUAGUGGGAUGGAAGGCUGACAAUGGACGUGUCCAUUGGCUCUGGCCCACCAGAGGCUACCCUGAAAAAGCUCUCAGAUCAUCGUGAGUUGCCCAAAGAAAAAAUGAGGUUUUUCUUGGGCAAUGAAUUAGUUGUUAUAAGUAAUGUUUUUAUUUUCUCCUUUAUUUUUUCAUUUCAUUUUUCAUUCUAUUGUUUUACAGAUAUUUUAACAAAAAAAUUACAUAAUCAAUUUAAAACACCAAAUCUUAAUAUCGACCCUCUCCCCUCCCUUUCUGCAGAUACUUAUGUUAUUUCUUUUACUACUGCAUAUCCAAUUCAAACCUUUUUACAAACUUUUUCUUUUAUAUUCUAUUUAACUUUCUCUCACUGCACAUUUUCAUAUCAGUCCUGGCAAUGAUUUUAAGUUGUUUACAAUGAUCCUUCAGAUAUACCAUAAAUUCUAUACUAUAGCAUCUUCUUUUUUGAUUUCUUAUUCUUCCAGUAAGUUCCUGCAUACUCCAUCAUUUUUUGUUGCCAAUCCUCUGUGGUCGGAACUGCUUCUUCUUUCCAUCUCUGGGCAUAUAUCAUUUGAGCAGCCGUAGUAGCAUACAUAAACAAUUUUUUCUGUCCUUUGGGUACCACUAAACCAGUUAUUCCUAACAGAAAAGCUUCUGGGGUUUUUUUAAACGGGUGCAGAAUGCUGCAGCGAGGCUCCUCACAGGGUCUCUUGCAUGGGAGCAUAUUCACCCAGUGCUUUUCCAGCUGCACUGGCUUCGGGUGGAGUACAGGGUCAGAUUUAAGGUGCUGGUUUUGACCUUUAAAGCCUAGGACCCUCGUACCUACGGGACCGCCUCUCCUGGUAUGCCUCACGGAGAGCCUCAAAGUCGAUAAAUAGCAAUACCCUAGAGGUCCUGGGCCCUAAGGAAGUUAGAUUAGCCUCAACCAGAGCCAGGGCCUUCUCAACACUGGCUCCGGCCUGGUGGAACGCUCUGUCUCAUGAGACCAGGGCCCUGCGGGAUCUGAUUUCUUUCCUCAGGGCCUGUAAGACAGAGUUGUUCCACCUGGCCUUUGGCUUAGAAUCAGUUUGAUUCCCUCCCUCUCUUUCUUUUCUCUUUCUCCUCCUGUGAAGAGGCUGCAUCCUAAUGUUAUAAUAUUGUAUUUUAAUUUUUUUAAAAAAUUGUAUUUUAAUCAACUUGUUUUUAUUAUUGGUCGUUAGCCACCCUGAGCCCGGUAUUGCCUGGGGAGGGUGGGGUCUAAAUAAAAAUUAUUAUUAUUAUUAUUAUUAUUAUUAUUAUUAUUAUUAUUAUUAUUAAACAAAAGUUAUAUUUGACAGUUUUUCCAGCUCAUUAUAAAUCAUUUCCCUUUAUUCCGAAGUGUGGUUCAGACUUCAGUAUUUUAUUAAUUUUGUAUCUUGCCUUUUCCUUAAUGUUUAUCCUUGAUGAGAGCCAGUGUGGUGUAGUGGUUAAGAGCGGUAGUCUCCUAAUCUGGUGAACCAGGUUCGCGUCUCCGCUCCUCCACAUGCAGCUGCUGGGUGACCUUGGGCCAGUCACACUUCUCUGAAGUCUCUCAGCCCCACUCACCUCACAAGAGUGUUUGUUGUGGGGGAGGAAGGGAAAGGAGAAUGUUAGCUGCUUUGAGACUCCUUCGGGUAGUGAUAAAGCGGGAUAUCAAAUCCAAACUCUUCUUCUACUCUUCUUCCUGGACACCAGUUUGACCUUGGGUCUAACCUUGCUCCAAGACCAGAGGAGCUUGUUCCCUGGGAUUAACAUCUCUGUUGGCAGCUUCUGUUAAAUAAGAUGUCGCUCUGGGAAUAUAGAAGCAUUAGAUUACAGGAGGGGUGGAAUUUAGCUGGGCGAAUGCAUGUACUUAGCUAUGGUAAAAUUCAUAGUUAAUUUUAAUCCCCGGAGCUACAUUUUGCUUGCAGGUAAUGCCCACUUUACAAGAUGCUUUCAUAGAUUUAGUUUCACAACUUCUUUCUCCCAUUUAAUCAGUCCGUUGUAUAGUGUUAUUUUUAAAAGAAUGGUAGAUUAUUGCACCUUAAAUAAAAUGAAUUGCAUUCACUUUUA